AUCUCAGUUCCUCAAUUUUGUUUCGUUCAUAAUUUUUUUGAUCGAUUCGUAUAACCUAAAGAAAAUCCUAUAAGGUACUUAGGAGAGAUCCCAUCGAGCCGCAUUUCGGCCAUGUUGUAGAAUUUUUUUUGAAAGCAUCUGUAGGAAGUGGCCGGCACGACGGCGCGUUUGCGCCUGCGUACGUGUUCGCAUCCAUCGUGUGGAUCUCAGCCUCAGCGGAUCAUGUCUGCGGUCGGCGGUUAUAUGGCGUCCUGCGUAGUACAUACGUCCGCUUGAACUCGACGGAGCCGUUCGUGCACAAGAUACCGGCAUCCGCAUUCGUACGGCGAGGUCCACGUCGCGAGUAAUCGGCCGCGACGAGAGUAAGAAAGGGCGACUAUUAAUAUUUGUGAGCGGAGCGGUUGAGGAGAGGCGGUGAGGCAGCUAGCGAGUCUUGCUAUAGAAGAAAGAGAGAAAGAGAGAGCGUGUGUAGUGUGUGUGUGUUUGUGUGUGUGUGUGUGAGAGAGAAAGAGAGAAAGAGAAAAGGAGUGUAAGUGAACGAUAGUAGGAGCAAGAUUAACUUCUCGUACGCCAAGUAGAGGACCUCACGCUGGCUUGUUGCGUUUUCACGCAAGUAAGAUCAAGUAAGAUCAUAUAAAACAAAAAAAAAAGAAGGGCGUGGAGUUUAAUUGGGCGCGACUAAUAGGCACGCCGCUAAAUCGCUGUCGUGGUCAUGGGUAAGACGCCAAAGAAGGCGGCCCCUGGGGGCGAUGAGAGGAAUUUGUACGUUCGGAGGCUUAAGGCAACGACCGCGCCGUCGAGAGCUUCUGAAUCUAGCUUGCCUGAGAGACAGCGCGAGUACGAGAAUUCGAACAGGCUAAAACUGGCUGGAAUACAGAAAAGAGUUCUACCUGGACCAGGGAAGAGUUUUAAGAGUAAACUUCGUCCUCCAACAAAAAUUGAACAUCAAACAAAGCAACACAAAAUACUAUUAAAAAAUCCAGAAGUAAAAAGUACAGACAUGCAGCCAGAAUCGGAAGAAGCUGAAGUCAAAUUGAAUGUUUCAAUUCAAAAAGAAAAUGUUACAGAAGAAAAUGGUAACAACAAAGCUGCUGAAACUGAGAAACCUGCUAUGAGCAAAGAACAUAUUGAUCAUACUUACGAAAAGAUUUCAAGCGAGCUUCAAACGAAAACUAUCCAGGAAGUACUUGUUGUGGACAAUAAAACUAUUCCUCAAGAAAAAGAAGUCUUAUUAGAUGUUGAUACUGAAACCAAAGAAGAACAAGAGGCAAAUGACAUUAAAUUGGUAUAUGAAGCGGAACCAACAAUUUCUUUAAGCAAUGGAAAAGAAAUAUUAGACGAUAAACAACUAAAAGACAAUGAACAGGAAGAAAAAUUACUUCCAGCACCAGAGGAAAUGAAGAAUGAUAUAAAUGAGAAAGAAGAGACGCAAAGCGAAGCUCCAACCAAUAAUGAAAGUUGCUCGGUCGACAUUGUUGAAUCUACCACAUCAGAAUUAUCCGAAACGUCAGAAUCUAUUAUUCAGAGCGACAUACAGAAGGAUAAAGAAAGUAUUGAUGACACUAUAAAUGAUCCAUCAUUUAUUUCUUAUGAUUCAUCUAUAAUGUUAAAAGAUGUAAAAAUUAGACUCAAUGAUUGUCUGAAGGAUAAUUCGAAGCUCUACGAUGUAAGCAAUACGGAAGGUAUAUCGAAUCGACUGUCAAAAGACCAGUCAUUUGGAAGAACGCUGAGAAACAUUUCGGGAAGACAUUCCAUCGGUCGAAUGCGACAUGUUACUUUGCGUGAGAACAGGAUAUCACCGAAUAGUUCUCUUUUCGUGAAUACCUCUACUAUGUCUAUGCCACAGGAUGAAGGAAUAGAAUCUAAAGUCUUACCUUAUGGUGUUGGUUUAUUAUCUGAUACUUUCUCUACGAAUGGUAGCCCGUUAGACAGAAAACGUAGAAUUGAAACAGAAAAUUGGAGUUCGGCGAAAAAGCAGAAAACAGAUGAAGAAAGUAGUAGCAUUUUUAAUACAUCUAUUAAUCUAUUGAAAGGUUUGCGUAUACCUAGUAUGCAGGUAUCCACACCAAAAGCCAUACCUUAUAAAUUCGAAUCUACCAAGUUAGACAUUAGCGGGAUAAAAAAUGAUGACAAUAAAAUGACGGCUGAACCAAUUGAGAGUACAAAGAAAUGGUGUGUCAUCAUGUAAACUAUCAUGACAGUAAAGGUAUUAUUAUACAGAAAAAAAGUAAAAAGAUCGUAUAUUUUCGGGAAAAAUACCAAAAAUUAUACAAUCGGAAGUUUGAUUUUAUUUUUUAAUAAUAGAUUGUUUCUCUUCUAAUUAAUCAAUUAAAAAUAAUUGUAUUCUGAUUUUGUUAUUGUUACAGUUUUCUUGAGCACAUGUAUUUGUUCUAUAAUUUUCGGAAAUAUUUUUUCGAUAUUAGGAUGUAAUAUAUAUAUUUUCGAUAAUUAAAUUAGAAGAAUUCAAUCCUAUUCCCACCGUGUAGAUUGCUUGUAGUGCAGAAUUUUUCGAUGUCAAUUUUGGGAUAAAAUCAUAGAAGAGAACAAAUAAAUUACGUUAUGGCGAAGAGAGAAAGAGAGAGUACAAUUUUAUCAUGACUAUUAUUAACACUUUUAACAUGACUAUUUUAUGAAUAAAGACUUGAUUCUAUGGAAUGUAUCAACAUUUAAUAUGGUAUAAUAUAAAAUAAUUAAGUCACCAUGUACAGAAA